CUCCACAACAAACAACGCCCUGAGCUCAUUGCGCCGACGACGCUCAAUGAAAUCAUUCGUACACCGAAUCUCUUGGACGCAACAGUUUAGUUUAGCAUUACGACAAUUAUAGCCGAAGGAAAUUCGUUGUUAUGUAAAUAGACGUAAUUGUUUGGUGGUUGUGAGCGCAUUGCAUGACAUCAUAGGGAGCUGCAAUCGGAUCUUCCGCCGUGUCCAAUUACUCUUCGUGCGGGUACAGUGGAACAGACACGCGCGAUGUGGUCUAGUGUCGUCUUGGGCCUGGUCGCCCUGUUUGUGAGUUGCACCAGCCUCUCACCCCAGUGCCGAAAUGAAAGGGGCGAGCCUGUUGAUUGGUUCUAUGUGUACAAGCUACCGCGGGAGAAGAAUCACCUCAAUCCCCUGGUGAGGAAGGGGGUGGCGUACAUGCACCUCACCCCCUCCAAGCUGCGGGGGGGAUGGAUCAUGUCCGACCUCGCCAUCAGCGACCCUCGCUCCAUGGUCGGCCGGACCUUAGCACCUUUAUAUCAGGACCGAGGGAUUCUGUCGGUGGUGUACAACGACCAGCCACCGGCUGCGGAGAACCAGCCAGACAUCUUGCAGUCAGUCGCAGAGAUGUACUCCAAGAGUAAAAGAGGGCAGCUGAAACAAGCGACGAUAAAGAAGUACAAGAAGUUCAAACUUGGCGACAAAUAUUACGACGACUACGACUUGGCGGAGAUGUGUAAAAUGCACUCGAAGUUCAUGAAGACGCGAGUGGAGAGUGGUCAUACGAAGGGCGUCCUGCUAGGUGACAAGUUCACUUCGUUGUGGCUCGUGCAUUCCGUGCCAAGGUUCCCGCCAGUACCUGACAUACACGGGCUAAACGUGAGUUCGUACAACUACCCAACAACAGGCAUGAAGUACGGGCAGUCGAUGCUGUGCGUUUCCGUCCAGACGAGCACGCUGAACCAGAUCGCGACACAACUCAAGUAUAACGAGCCACUCAUAGUCUACCAACACAUGCCGACGGAAUAUGAAAGCGAACUGCCCAAUUUAGUUGACGUCAUCAGGAAUAAGACUAUCGAUACUUCGCCUUGGUACCACAUAGAAAGUUUCGAGACGCUAGUGGGGCGCAAGUUCCUGUCGUUCGCGAAGAGUGCAAUGUUCAACGACGACCUCUACAGCGGGCUGGUGGCUGAGGUCUUGCAGUCCGAUCUGCUUGUAGAAUCCUGGACGAAUGGACCCGGCACCUUGGACUCAGAGUGCGGGAGAAAUUUCCAAGUUAGAAACAUAGAACGGCUCAAGUUCCCGAUAGCGAAGAUGUCGUUCACAUCGCACAACGACCACUCCAAGUGGGCGGUGGCGGUGGCGCACAAGAUGCACAACAGCCAGGACACCAAGGUCGCAGACUACUGGGUCUGCGUCGGAGACAUCAACAGAGCGUUACCGCAAGAGUCUCGAGGGGGCGGCACCGUAUGCACCUCAGGACCCAUCUUGUGGGGAAACUUCGCGCAUCUCAUCGAAUCCGUGCAGACGUGGUACAUAUACAAGUUGCCAUUCGACGAGGAGUAUGGCGAGUUCUCUGGGAACAACUACACGUUCAUCACGUCUGAUAUCCUCAUGGGGUGGCAGAUGGCACCAAAAAGCAUAUCUCAAUCUUCCAUGCUUUACAACACGCUCGCGCCUAUGUUCUUGUCAGACGUUACAAACAAUGUGGCGUACGUGGUAUUGGAUGAGAAGGAGGCAAGCGAGGGUUUCCCAGGGUCUUCCAUAAAGGGGGUGUUUCUCGCCGAUACCGAAGGCGGAUUCUUCAUGGGACACAGUGUACCGGGGUUUCCUGAUGUUAACCGAGGAAAAGUCCAUUUCCCUAAGUCAGAGUUGGUGAACAGUCAUAUUAUGUUCUGCAUGUCAUUAAGCACAGCUACGAUGAACAGUAUGAUCGACACGAUACGACUGACUAAACCCAACAUAGCAGCGCUAUAUGUGCCAGACCGUAUGUUCAGCGUCGUGCCUGCCUUCGCUUUCAACAAUGUUAUAGAAUCCAAAUAUAAGAUGAUUUCGGAACCGUUUAACUUCGAGACGUCUGGUCGUUUCCUCCGAGGAUCUCUAACGGUCCGUAUACCAGGAGACACCGGCUGCAUUUACCUCACUUAUGCGAGGAAGAACUAUAUCUACCUUGACGUUUAUUCUCCAGAUGAGAAGCCUAAGAGAACCUACUGCAACAAUAAUUUCGGCAUCCGCAGUAUAGAUGCGAUAUCAAUGAAGACGCGCGAGUCAGGCAACGCAUUUGUUCAGUACGUAAAGCCCAGUUCGGAUGCGGUCCGUAUCGCAGUGAGCACUGCGGCACACUGGCAGAAAAAGGGCAGGGCUUCGAAUACCUACGUUGCCUGUGUCGGCACCCUGGAUAGAGAGGAUAUCACGGGCUAUGGUGGAAUGCUGUUUUGUGUCAAUAACUACCACAUCUGGUACAGUUUCGACAAGUUGAAAGUAGCUGAACCGUCGUGUUGAUUGAUAAUGAAUUAUAGUAUUUUUU